CUCCUCCUCCUCCACGCUUCUCCCCCCGUCUCCAGCCUCACACCCCGGGUCUCACCCCACCCUCCACCACGUCCUUUAUGAAGCGGAGCAGAAGCAGCGCCGCCGCUCAAACGUGGAGGGAAAGAACGCGGCUCCAUUGUCGUGAGGUCCGGUGAAUAUUUACGGUUCUGUCGACGCGCUCAGCGGCUUCCACCUCCGAGCCGGAGCCGGGAGACAGUGUCCAGGAGCCGGGGCGGCGCUUGAAAAAGGACAUUUAAGUGAGAGAAGAACUGGUCAUCCAAGACGAGUGAGCCGCAGGGCCCGACUUAUCGGCAGCAACAUCAGUGUCCACACCUUAGGAGGAGGGAAUGAAACCGGAUGGGGUUACCAUGGAAUCCACGGAACCCACCGAAGCUGCAGCAAUACCAGAACCAUCCCUGUCACUGGACAAUGUAACAGAGCAGGCAUCAUCUCAACCAGAGGAAGUUGCAAGCGAUGCAGCGGCCGGGCCUGCUCCAAAGACCAGUGACAAGCCAGUGGCAGCAGAGCUCAAAGUCAAACCAAUAGGUGUUGCAAGUAGAACACAGCCCAAACCUGCAGGGGUUUCUGGAUCCAACUCAAGGCCAGGUGCUGCCUCACACCGCACAAGAAAUGACGUCCAAUCCACCAACAGUGUUUCUGCUGCUGCGACCAAGAGAACAGCAAGUGCGGCAAAAGCAUCAGCAGCAGGAGCUGUACCUAAAAGACCGUUGGGUGGAGCAGCACCUUCCUCAACGGUCAAGAACCAAACCAGAGUGGCUGACAAGAAGCCUGCUGGACCCACCAGGACUACCUCGGUUGCUGCUGCCACAGCAACAAAUGGUACCAAACCAACAACGGUGAAUGUUCCUCCUAAGAAGAAACCUGUGGCUGAGACUGUUAAUCUAGCAAGACCCAAAACCACAGCUUCUACCAGCAGGUCAGCAGCGUCCACUGCCCCUAAACCCAGCACUUCAACCAUAACAAAAGCUGGUGUUGCUCCUGCUUCAAGGACCACAAGGCCUACUACCGCUCCCUCAACCGCUCGACCUGCACCCACCACAUCCAGGCCCCCCACAGCUGCAACCAGGCCCUCCGCCACUGCAACUGCUAAAACUGCUGCUUCAAGAGUCACCGUAGUACCCUCUACUGGCAGGAGCACAGCAGCACAGCCUCCCAAAACAUCCACUGCAGCUAAGAAAGAUGUUGGUCGACAACCUUCCGCUACAGGAGUUAAAAAACCUACAACAGCUACAACAUCAGCUGCUACCAAAAAACCUGAAUCCUCAAAACCCACAGCUGCCACAAAGCUCAACUCUGCAUCCAAAUGGCCUGCAAAAGCAACGGACUGCAAGGUGUCACAGCCUGCAAAACCUCCUGCAACAAAACCAACCACGACUGUUAGGUUCCCAGCCCUCAACAAACCCCCCCUUGGUCGAACCCCACCUUCCUCUCCAGCCGGCAGACCUGCAAACGGCAGCACCUCUCUGUCAAAACGUGGAACCAAACCCACUCAGGCUGUCUCACCCUUCAGUUCUGUUAAGAAGACAGGGCUUUCAAGUACAAACACAGCUGAUGGACAAGCACAGAGAGCUGCCAGUGCAGUGGUAGCAGCUGCCACAGCAUCCACUGUUCUCGCAGAAACACAAGCAGAGGCUGCAGUGACCUCACCACAAGAAUCCUUACUUGCUGCACCAGAGGAGGUCCCUCCCCCUGUCUUGGCUCAGGAUCCCCCACCAGAGGAGGUACCUCAAGACACUGUGCAAAGCCAUGCCGCUGGUCCCUCUCCUCCGCAAAGCCCUGUCAGGACAGCCCUACCAGAAACCUCUCCACCCCAAGAACAGCUGGAAAGCAGUGCUUCCUCACUCACAACGCAGGGGCAGGUCCCUGCCCCAGCAGAGCCUGCAUUACCUGUGGCCUCCCCUCCAAACCUAUGUGAAGAGCCUGUUUACUUGUUCACAAACCAAACCCCCUCUACAUCUAAAGCCAUCCCAGCUGCAACGAAUGUCAUCCCUCAGAUAGUUCCUCCCAUCAAUCUAAAUGAGGAGGAGGAUGAAGAGGAGAGGGAGGGCAGCCAGCUGGUUUCUCUGUCUGAAAUGAGUGGGACCACCCAGCCUACAGAAGAGUCCCGCCCCGGCUCAGCUGGACCAGUGGCGGGGUCUGCUUGGCGAGCCGGUGGCGCCUUGCUCUCUGAGCUGGACUCUGAAGAUGUAAGCGGCAGCCAGCAGGGAGCGUCCGAGUUGAGCGCCCCUGGUGUCCUGGAGGGCACAGAGAGCAUGGACGACCUGGGCGAUGGCAGUCUCAAAGGAGCCAUGGACAUGGAAGGAGCCUCGGCAGGAUCUCCCGACUUUGAGAGGGUUCCCGAGAUACCAGUUAACGACUUCGAUGAGGAUGAAGAUGAGGACGACGAUGACAACGAUCGGGUGUGCGAUAUGGAUGUGGGCUCAGAGCGGACAGAUGAUCUGCAGAGACCCAGGCAUGACAAUGAUGUGGAUGAUGAGGAGGAGGAGGAGGAGGAGGAGGAUGAAGAUGUGGAUAUGGCUAGUGAGGGGGUGACAGAGAGUGGGCUGGAGAGCUAUGGGAAUGCUGAUGAGGAUGACUUUGCUGAGGAUGAAAGGCUGGACAACUUGAACAGAGUGGCCCAGCCGCCACCGCCUGCCCCUCCUCUGCUGCCCUCUGCCCCAGCUGCUCAGUGGGACCAACCAAACCCCUUUAUUGAUGCCUGGGCAGAGUCUUUGCAGCCACAGCAGGUUCCUGAGCAUGUCUCACAGGCAGCAGGAGCAGCUGCAGCAGCAAGCCCUUUGGCAGACCCUUUUCAAGUAGACUCUGAAACCCCAACUCAGGCCCCAGCCCAAGCCUGGCUUGGACUCGGCUCUGCUCCUUUUUUUAUUGACAACCAAGAAGCCCCUCAUCGUUCCUCUGUCGAAGAUGAGCCUAUAAAUCUGGAAGCCCAAUUGAUGUUGGACCAGUCCAGCCCACUCCUGAUGCAGACCAUGGCCCCAGUUCCCUUUUCUGCCCCAGGAAUGUCUCUGUCGAGCACCUUGAGCAGUGAGACCAGCACACCUGACGAACUCUGUGACUACAAUCGAGAUGAGAAGCUCAAGUCACGAAAUGCACAAGCCCCAAUGCUUUCUCCCCAGCCUGACCUGGGCACCCACAUGUACAGAGGAGAGGAGGAGGAGGAUGAGGCAGAGGAUGAGGCAGAGACCCUGCCAGCUGAUGAAGUCCUGGGAGGACCUGCAACCGCCCCCACUUCCAACCCCUCCUCAUCCUCAGUGACAGAAGACGAGGCCAGCGACACAGAGGGAGAAGCACAACUGGACGACUCCUUGGAGAGUCCAGCGCUCAGCCACAUGACUUUCGACAGCCAGCCGCUAGCGCAGCGUGGCCUGUCCACUGUGGAAGAAGGAGAGGAGGCUGAGACGGAGGAAGGCAGCGCACGGGGAGACACCACCCCAGCAUCAGCAACCUCAUUGGCGUCGUACGGCUUUGACACCAUGACCACAGCUUCAAACUCGAAUGCCCAGUCCACCGGGGAGAGCUGCAUCAAGAGCCCUGGCAUCUUCUCCCUAGAAGAGCUCCCUGAGGAGGCCAAGGAGCCCGGUCUCAUCCCACAGCCUCUCACCCAGGCGUGCCUAGCAGAGCAGCAGUACAUAGAGUGCCACCAACUGGAAGCAGGGUCAACUGAGUUUGUCCGGGAGAACGCGUCUGGGUUGGAUGAAGCCCUGGACGUUUUGUCAACUCCGUGCACUUUGCAGAAACCAGAGGAAAACCCAGAUGACAUCCAGCCUGCCUACUAUUCUGCUAUCUGUGAAAAGACUGAGAACUCUUUUGCAGGCUUUACUGCACUACCGCACCGCCGCGAGCAUGCAGCGUACCCCAGAACCUACUGCGACAUCGUCAAGCCUCUCUGCGCCGCCGUCACCUCGCCAAAGCUAACCUGUGCCGACCUCCCGCCAAGGAGUCUCGGGCAGCAUGCGUUGAGCCCCCAGCUCCGCAGGCUGGAGCAACACCAGAGACACCUGCUGGAGAUGCAGCAGCGCAGGGAGCAGCAGAACCGGCCGCUGGAGGAGGCAGAGCAGGAGAGGAAGAGAAGGGAGGAGGAGGAGCAGAGGAGGAAGAAAGAGGAGGCCGAGGAAGAAAUAAAAAGGAAUAAAGAGCAGGAGAGGAAGAAGAGGGAAGAGGCAGAGGAAGAAAUGAAGUUGAAAAAAAAUGAGGAGAGGAAGACGAGAGAGCAGGCAGAGAUGACGAAGAAGGAAGAGGAGCUGAAGCAGAGGAGAGACUUGGAACUACAACUACAGGAGCAACAACAGGAGCUGAAGCAAAGGCAACAGAUCAUGCAGUGGCAACAAGAGCUGCAACAGUCUAAUACAGGUCAGACCGUGCUGCUGUCCCCCUCCUCUGGGCUCUGCACCAUCUAUGAAGCUCUUGAGAACAGUGAUGAAGAGGAGGCUGAAGAUGAAGAAAUGGGAAUAAACAAGCUGAAUCCAUCUAAAGAGAAGGAGCCCAAGAAAGACAUGUCAAAUUUAAAGAUAGUCAGCGACUUUGAAAGAGUGAUGUCAGAUAAAGAAAAACAUCAAGACUCUUUGCCAUCAACCAACAACCACCCAGAACCCCCUGAGACACCCAGCCCCCCCUCCCAGGAUAAUGACAGCUCCUCCCCGUGCCCUCCUGAGUCUCCAGAGCGACCGCCACCCCUGGACCUGGACUGGGGCAAGAAAGUGGACAUUGUCCAGCAGCUGAUCAAUCAGACCCUGCUGUUGAACGGAGACGGCUGCAUGUCCUUGCUGCGGAUGCCGGGGUGUGCAGGAGGCACCCUGAGCCCCCUGGAGAGCAGCCUGUGGCCCACCCUGCUGCCCCCGCUCACCCCUCCCUCUGCCACCGUCACCUCCGUCAGUAGUUUCUCUCCAGAGGCGACUGGAAGCUCCCCACAGGGAGAGUGGACAGUGGUAGAGCUGGAGACGCAUCACUGAGGAGCGAGUGUGGGAUUUAACUCUCCACUACUGUUAAACAUUAAUAACACACACAGGGAUGAUGACACACAUGCUGUCUACUCGCACACACAAACAGAAACAAACAGGGUGAUACACAAAUAGCUACUCAGCCCAAUUUAUCUGACUUUAUUGUUACUAUACACACAAUUAAGCAAAUGAGUUCUGAGAACAGCUGUAAAAGAUGACGUAAAGGUUUGCACUGGGAAAAACUAAUUACCAGAACAAAUGACAAGACAAUACCUGUUAAAAGAAGAUAAUCGACAUCACUUAGAUGACCAUCGUAUUGUAAUGAAGGUCGCAAAUCUCAUAGCCAAGUAUUUUAGAAAAAUAACCACCUGAGACAAAUCAAUAAUUGUUUUCGCAAUGUACAAAAAAAAAUCAAUGAAAGGAUCAAAUACUGCCCAGUCCUGUAGACCUGUGGACCAGUUGGUCUCAAACAAAUCUAAAGCUAAAUCUAAGUGGUCGCAAGAGAAUGAACACGAUUAAAGAGCAGGAAAAUAGAUGUAUAUAUUUCAGGCUUUCCCGAUAAAUGCUUUGCUUUUCCCCCCCUUUUAAACUACUGAAAUCUUUUACCUUUUUUGUGGCUUUUAAAAGUGUUGUGGUGGAACAACCUGAGACAGAUGCAUCACUUGCAGUUGAAGUGGUCACAGCCUGUAUACAGGAGACAAAAGGUUGAGAACAUCGGCUGUAGAUUCACCUGAGAGACACGGGUUUUCUAACUACUGGAAGAACAAGCACAUUUUUCACAGAUGCUAAUUCUUGGUGCUACAGCUGAACAGCUGACUGUUUCUUACAAGUAUGUGAGCUGUUUAUUGAUGCAAAAAAAAAGCCGUUGGUGACUUCAUCAUAAGACUCUCCGGUGAUGGUAACUAGUUUCCAGCCCCAACAAAGUAAAUGGUUAGUUUUAAGAUUUCAAAAACUGAAUAAGUCAUUUGUGCAUCUUUUUGAACCAUCAUGAAGCUCGAGAUGCUGUUUUAAAUCCUUCUCUACAUUUAAGAACAAAACUUGAAAACAAACAAGCUUAUCCAAAGUGUUAGGUGUUGAAUAUUUGGUUAUAUUGUUAUGCUCGAAUACUUAUUCUUCUCAAAUAUUUCUUUAAUCUAACACUGAUGCGUUGAGUGGUUAAUAAUUAUUUUGUUAUUGAAAAAAGGGAUCAAACAUAUAUAUUCUCCAAAUGAAGGUAUGAUAAAGGAAACCUGUUUCUUCUCUACUGUGGAAAUUUAAGUAGACGAACACAAAAGGACACCUCACUGAAACUCAGCCCUUCUCUUACCUCACACUCGUUAUCCGACACCAUGGAAACAAACACACACUGAAAUUAGGUCUCAACCCACACACACCUGAAACCAUGUGAUUAUUGACAAGAGUCCCAUGAUGCAUCACUCCAAUCAGGGUGUAACUGGUCACUUUGCUUUAUGCCAAAACUUUGUGCCAUGGUUGGUCACACGCACUCAUCCUGAUGAUGCCAAAUGGCUACAUUUAGUCGAAGGUAAACACACUGGUUGUAGCUUGUUUGACUGAAGCCAGAGCUGUUCAUAUCUCAUGUUAUUUAAAAGUGGGAAUACACUGGAGAUUUCUUACCACUGAAUAUUACUAAAACAGAACUACAUGAUGCUCACAGAUUUACAUGAAGUUGCACUUAUUCGAAUUCCUCAAGUCUUACAAUAUUUACUGAUUCAAAUAUGUUGAUGAUCAAGGCCCAGAAACAAAGUCCCUGUCGUCAUCUUUCUGUUGGAGGUCGAGGAAAUCAGAAUCAUCACCCUACUAAAGGUCAUUAGGACGUGCAAGCAUUUCCCUCUGACACACUGGAGUCAGGCACUACUGAGGUUGGAGUCAACGAGCACAUGAUUGAGAUCAGGUUUAUACUGCUGAAGGUUAUUUCUCCUCUGGUGGACGUCACUGUUCUGUAGCCGCACGUUAACUUUUUUCCACAGGUGUAGUCUUCCUUAGAUUCUCACGCCCGCAUGAUAGAUGACGCUUCUUCAGUCACAGGCAACGGCCAGAUGAUAGUCUGUAAUUCUAUCGGACACAGACUUUAAACAAGACUCUAGGUUUGAACCAACACUUGUGUGAAGGUCAGGGGUCAGCGCACUGUGUCAUAUCAGGAGGAGGAGAAGGGUUUGGUAUCAGGUUAUUCUGUGUAUUAUUUGUGUAUCACUGUUGACUGUGAUGAGCUACAGUACGGUUCUGUGUGUGUGUCUCUGUCUCUCACUGGUUGUAAAUGUUCUUAUCUGUGCUGUAUGCCGUCGUCAGUCUGUGUAUUGGUCGGUCAGUGUUGAAGACAGGCUCAGGUCACUGGUUUAAAGACUGGGGAAUUCUUUAAAGCCAAAUUUCCUAACACAAAUUUAGAUGUGACCGAAGGGCUCUAAAAUCUGGAGACUAUAAGCGACUAGUGUCAGAAAAUUUGACAUUUAUUUUCCCCCAUGUCUCAUCCAUGUUUUGUAUUCAGUCACUUCCUGACUUGCUGUCUUGCCCUCCGGUGUUAAACAGUAUAAAGGCUGAAUUGUUUAUCAGCUGAAGUGAAAACAGAGAAGAUUCGGAAUCCAGUGUUUAAUCUUUAAUGACUCAACAGACAGAUUCAUACCCGUUUGUUUUUUUCACUGUGAAGAAAAAUCCCCCUGACCAUUGCACGCUAGUUUGUCCAGUCUCUUUAUCGGAGCUUGUGAAGAAGCUAUAAAAACUGCUUUCCUGUUCCUCCAGGCAGGGCAACAUUACGCUCACUGUAUUUUUUGACAAAGCUGGACUUUUUGAAAUGUGCUCACGCAAACAUGCCCGAGUAGUUUUUUUUUGUGUAUAUUGUUUAAAGACUGAUCACUGUAAUGAAGGGAAACUCCACUUUACUUUUGUACUUGAGAGAUUUAGAAGUAUAGCAGCCCUUUAAGAGUCAGAUAUAGAUUUGUAAUGAAUUAGAGAAUGAAUGAUGUUGGUUGUAAAUGGUAGAUUUUAUUCUUUGUUCUAAGUAAAAUGCCUUUUUUUAUGCCCUCUCUUUGGAACUGAUGAGCUGAAUGGUUGUAAGGUCAAACUGAACACAGCAGGCUGAAUUCUGGGGAAAACACUGUCAUUUAUUACUCAGUGUAAGGUGUUGAAUCUGACAUUUUGGAUAUUAAUUUAUUAAACAUGAAAUGAGGCUCAUGUGUACUAAUUUAAAUGACGAUGAUGAUGAACCUGAUGGAGUUAACUGGGCUUUCUCACUUGUGGGGCCCAAAUCAUGGCAGCUCGUUUUAAAGUGUAAAGAAAUUCCUUAUUGUCUUUGACUUUCUGAACAACAAAAACCUGUGAUUGUGUGUAAUUAUUUCAAGGCAACUUUUAAUGUAAAUAAAAUGUUUUUUUUAAUGAAAA